AUGAUGAUCUCUUGGUUGCGCAGCAACCCUUGCGACAGCGAUGUGAUUUCGACGAUUAAUAGGUUAAUCGGUCACUGUCAUUCAGCAUGCCACUGCUGCACAAUUUAUGGCUUGAAUUGGUGUUUUUGUAAUUUUAUGUGCAAUUGUUUAAUCCUAGCAUGGAGCAUGGGAUGGAAGUUGGCGCAUCUAUUAGUGUGGUUCCGCGUGAUUGUGUUUCGGUACCAAGCCGUUUGGCUAAUUGCAGAAGGCAGUUGUAUCCUAAGCGGUAUCGCGCAUAAUCUCGAUCCUAAAACCGGCGAACAGCUGUGGGACGGUGUUCGAAACAUCAGACUCACGAAAUUCGAAUUUUGCGCCUCAUUUCAGUCAAUGAUAGAGAGUUUCAACUACAACACAAAUCAGUGGGCAGCAAAGUAUGUCUUCAAAAAGCUGAAGUUCCUUGGAAACAAAUCUCUGAGCCAUAUCAUCACGUUGUUGUUUCUCAGUUUAUGGCAUGGCACUUACUCGGGCUACUUUGUAUGUUUCGGACUGGAGUAUGUUUGCGUGAUUGCCGAGCGGAAGGUGAGUUUUUUUGUGUAUAUAUGUGUAUAUAUAUUUAUGAUUAAGGCUGCAUAUUUCAGAGUAUUAUUGCUUCUAAAAGUAUACUAG